AUGUCGCUUGCUGCGGAAUGCGGAAACACUACAAGCAACACAGUAGAAGCUUCCUUGGACAUGACCAAGGUCCUUAAUAUUUUGAAUGAACCGAGGUCUGGCAGCCACGUUGCACGAGAAAAUGUUAAAUUCUUGUACGAAAUGUUUUCACAAUUUUGUACUGCCCUGGCUGCACACUUUUCUGGGUUCGGAACUGAUGCCCUUAACUAUCGAUAUAUCGAUAAGUACCGAAAAGAUAUCGAAAAGUACCGAAAAGAUAUCGAAAAGUACCGGAAAGAUAUCGAAAAGUACCGAAAAGAUAUCGAAAAGUACCGAAAAGAUUUCGAAAAGUACCGAAAAGAUUUCGAAAAGUACCGAAAAGAUAUCGAAAAGUACCGAAAAGAUAUCGAAAAGUAUCAAAAAGAUAUCGAAAAGUAUCGAUAUAUCGAUAAAUAUCGAAAAGUACCGAAAAGAUAUCGAAAAGUACCGAAAAGAUAUCGAAAAGUACCGAAAAGAUUUCGAAAAGUACCGAAAAGAUAUCGAAAAGUACCGAAAAGAUAUCGAAAAGUACCGAAAAGAUAUCGAAAAGUACCGAAAAGAUAUCGACAAGUACCGAAAAGAUAUCGACAAGUACCGAAAAGAUAUCGACAAGUACCGAAAAGAUAUGUAAAAGUAUCGAAAAGAUAUCGAAAAGUAUCGAAAACAUAUCGAAAAGUAUCGAAAAGAUAUCGAAAAGUAUCGAAAAGAUAUCGAAAAGUAUCGAAAAGAUAUCGAAAAGUAUCUAUAUAUAUCGAAAAGUAUCGAUAUAUAUCGAAAAGUAUCGAUAUAUAUCGAAAAGUAUCGAUAUAUAAUGAAAAGUAUCGAUAUAUAAUGAAAAUAUCGAUAUAUAAUGAAAAGUAUCGAAAAGAUAUCGAAAAGUAUCGAAAAGAUAUCGAAAAGUAUCGAAAAGAUAUCGAAAAGUAUCGAUAUAUAUCGAAUAGUAUCGAUAUAUAUCGAAAAAAUCGAUAUAUCGAUAAAUAUCGAUAUAUCGAAAAGUACCGAAAAGAUAUCGAUAAGUACCGAAAAGAUAUCGAUAAGUACCGAAAAGAUAUCGAUAAGUACCGAAAAGAUAUCGAAAAGUACCGAAAAGAUAUCGAAAAGUACCGAGAAGAUAUCGAAAAGUACCGAAAAGAUAUCGAAAAGUAUCGAAAAGAUAUCGAAAAAUAUCGAAAAGUACCGAAAAGAUAUCGAAAAGUAUCGAAAAGAUAUCGAAAAGUAGCGAAAAGAUAUCGAAAAGUAUCGAAAAUAUAUCGAAAAGUAUCGAAAAGAUAUCGAAAAGUAUCGAAAAGAUAUCGAAAAGUGUCUAUAUAUAAUGAAAAGUAUCUAUAUAUAAUAAAAAUAUCGAUAUAUAAUGAAAAGUAUCGAAAAGAUAUCGAUAAGUAUCGAAAAGAUAUCGAUAAGUAUCGAAAAGAUCUCGAAAAGUAUCGAAAAGAUCGAAAAGUAUCAAAAAGAUAUCGCAAAUAUCGAAAAGAUAUCGAAAAGUAUCGAAAAGAUAUCGAAAAGUAUCGAAAAGAUAUCGAAAAGUAUCGAAAAGAUCGAAGAAAAGAUAUCGAAAAGUAUCGUUAUAUCGAUAAGUAUCGAUAUUUCGAAAAGUAUGGAUAUAUCGAUAAGUAUUGA